ACGGAGUAUUUAUUUACAUCGGCAGGCACAGGACAGGAGAGGCAAAAAUCGUUUCUUGUUCCUUUGUUCGUCCUAUUCCUCCUCCUCCAACACCAGCCGCCGGAGCAGUCUAGGAAACGCAAAGUUAGAGCUUUGAAGAGCGGAAGAUUAGAGCUUUGGCUAUGGUGCUUAGGACUAGGGAAUAAAAGAUUUCCUAUAUCUUAAUUAAAAACAUGGCUGGGGUUGCGAUUGUUUUGGAUCUACUCCGUAAAAACCCGAGCUCCACUGGUCACACCCUCCAUUCUUACGGCGUUCUCUCAGCUCAAGUCGCCGCCUCUGCUGCCGCAGCUUCUAUUGCGGCGGCUACCACUCCUUUUGCUUCUAGGGCCUUCUUCGGAAACAGCCUGGCAUUUUGUGAUGCUGGCUCGGGGCUCACAGGGGAUUAUAUUUCUAGCUUAGGAAGUGAUUUAUCACCAAUUAACUUCAAUCAUCACUUUUCCAAAGUAUAUUUAGUUGAACAAAAACCGCUGCUCUCUGCAUUUUAUUGGAGAAGUUUUGCCCUCACAUCCUUAAGGACUUUCCUAUUGAAUUACAUGGCUCUGGUGGAGUCAUGUAUGAAGAUUAAGCAGGAGGACGACGGGGACGACGAGGAAGAAGAAGAUGAUGACUAUCUUCAAGACUCCCUGGAAGAGAAGCCAGUGGAUUUGAUCACUCCUUUUAAGACAUCAGUCAGACACAUUUGUCGUGAGACAACAGUUGUGACCAUUAGACGAGUGUUAGAGCGAGUUGCUGUCCAUUAUGUCUCACAGCGCAUGGCGUGGAAACUCCUCAAAGAUAUUCCAAAGUCAGCUGCUCGCAAGGCAGGACGUAAAAUGCCAACUUUAGUCUACACAUACAGUGUUAGCAGAUCAACUUUCAGAGGUUAUGUCCUAGGAACUCUUGCAUCGUGGAUAGUCCAAAUUGGGAUAGAUAUAUACGGACUCUUCAACUCACAGGCUGACAAAGAAGAAAAAGUUAGGCUGUUUGGGAAGAAGGUUUACACCACUACUAUUAGGUGCGGUACAUCUCUUGUUUUUGCUUCCAUUGGUGCUGGAUUAGGAGCUGCUUUCAUUCAUCCCACACUCGGCCAGUGGAUAGGGUGCGCGGUGGGGGAUUUUGCUGGACCUUACAUACUUGCCAUGUCUUUCCAACUCUAGUCCGCUCCCAUUUCUCCGCUGUCAUAAUAUUAUUCAAUAAUAAUAAUUAGCCUUAUUAUAUUAUGAUGAUGAUGAUAUUUAUUAUCAAUGGAAAUCAAUUCCUUCCUUGUUUUUUUGGUGAUCAUUGUCAAGUGGAUAAGUAUAAUCACCUUGCCAUUUUUUUAUUGCUGUUUUUUGUUGUUGUCACUAUUAUUAUUAUUACCAACUCAGGAGAGAUUAUAUUAUUCUUCAUCCUUGUUUUGCCUUGUGAACAAUUAUAGACCAAAUAAUUUCAAUUUUUAAUUGACUUAACUGGAAAAUAGGAGUUGGUAAUCUUUCUCCA